CAGGGAAGGAGGGCCGCGGCUCCGCUCGGCUCGGCGCGGCUCCGCUCGGCGCUGACGGUCCCCGGUGCCGCCGCCGUCACUCGCCCCGCCCGUCCGCGGCUCCGCGCGGCGGGUGCGGGACGCGGCGCUCGCCGGCACAGCCGGGGGAGCUCAGCGGGGCCGGGCCGCGGGAUGAGCGCCCGGCAGCUCCCCGGGGCCAGCGGGGGCCGCUGAUGCUGCGGGAGCCGCGGGGUCUGCGGGGACCGCGGGGUCUGCGGGGGCGGCGGGGGCGGCUCGGCGCGGCCCCGCCCGCGGCGGGGGCCAUGUGAGCGCGGUGCCGGCAGGAUGCAGAAGGGGAUGCGGCUCAAUGACGGGCACGUCGCCCACCUGGGGCUGCUGGCGAAGAAGGACGGGGCCCGGCGCGGGUACCUGAGCAAGCGGAGCGCCGACAACACGAAAUGGCACACCAAGUGGUUCGCGCUGCUCCAGAACAUGCUCUUCUACUUCGAGACCGACUCCAGCUCCCGGCCCUCGGGGCUCUACCUGCUCGAGGGCUGCGUCUGCGACCGCGCGCCUUCUCCCAAGCCCCCCCUCUCGGCCAAGGACUCCCUGGAGAAGCAGCACUACUUCACCGUUAACUUCAACCACGAGAACCAGAAGACCCUGGAGCUGAGGACCGAGGAUGCCAAGGACUGUGAUGAGUGGGUGGCAGCCAUAGCUCACGCCAGCUACAGGAACCUGGCAACGGAGCACGAGGCGCUGAUGCAGAAGUACCUCCAUCUCCUGCAGAUCGUGGAGACAGAGAAGACCGUUGCCAAGCAACUCCGGCAGCAGAUCGAGGACGGGGAGAUCGAGAUCGAGCGCCUCAAGGCUGAGAUCGCCUCCCUGCUCAAGGACCACGAGCGCAUCCAGGCCAGCCAGAGCAGCGUGCCCAGCGACGAUGACAGUGACAUCAAGAAGAUCAAGAAGGUGCAGAGCUUCCUGCGGGGCUGGCUGUGCCGGAGGAAGUGGAAAACCAUCAUCCAGGACUACAUCAGGUCCCCACACGCCGACAGCAUGCGCAAGAGGAACCAGGUGGUGUUCAGCAUGCUGGAGGCCGAGGCCGAGUACGUCCAGCAGCUCCACAUCCUCGUCAACAACUUCCUGCGGCCCCUGCGGAUGGCUGCCAGCUCCAAGAAGCCGCCCAUCACGCACGACGACGUCAGCAGCAUUUUCCUCAACAGCGAAACAAUCAUGUUUUUGCACCAAAUUUUUUACCAAGGCCUGAAGGCACGGAUCUCCAGCUGGCCCACGCUGGUGCUGGCUGACCUAUUCGACAUCCUGCUGCCCAUGCUGAACAUCUACCAGGAGUUCGUGCGGAACCACCAGUACAGCCUGCAGAUCCUGGCCCACUGCAAGCAGAACCGUGACUUCGACAAGCUGCUCAAGCACUACGAGGCCAAGCCUGACUGCGAGGAGAGGACCCUGGAGACUUUCCUCACCUACCCCAUGUUCCAGAUCCCCCGGUACAUCCUGACCCUGCACGAGCUGCUGGCUCACACCCCCCACGAGCACGUGGAGAGGAACAGCCUGGAUUACGCCAAGUCCAAGCUGGAAGAGCUGUCCAGGAUAAUGCACGAUGAAGUGAGCGAGACUGAAAAUAUUCGGAAAAACUUGGCGAUAGAGAGGAUGAUCAUCGAGGGGUGCGAGAUCCUGCUGGACACCAGCCAGACCUUCGUCAGACAAGGGUCCCUCAUCCAGGUGCCCAUGUCGGAGAAGGGGAAGAUCACGCGGGGCCGGCUGGGCUCCCUGUCCCUGCGCAAGGAGGGCGAGCGCCAGUGCUUCCUCUUCUCCAAGCACCUCAUCAUCUGCACCCGCGGCUCCGGGGGAAAGCUGCACCUCACCAAGAACGGUGUGAUCUCGCUCAUCGACUGCACGCUGGUGGAGGAGCCCGAGAGCACCGACGAGGAUGCCAAAACAUCAGGACAAGACAUCGACCACCUUGACUUCAAAAUCGUGGUGGAGCCAAAAGAUUCCUCAUCUUUCACAGUUAUCCUUGUGGCCUCAUCCAGGCAGGAGAAGGCUGCAUGGACCAGUGACAUCAGCCAGUGCGUGGACAACAUUCGCUGCAAUGGCCUGAUGAUGAACGCCUUCGAGGAGAACUCCAAGGUCACCGUCCCCCAGAUGAUCAAGUUCAGUAAAACGAUGAAUUCCUGCAAGGUCCUGCAGAUCCGCUAUGCCAGCGUGGAGCGGCUGCUGGAGAGGCUGACGGACCUGCGCUUCCUGAGCAUCGACUUCCUCAACACGUUCCUGCAUUCCUACCGCGUCUUCACCACCGCCCUCGUCGUCCUUGACAAGCUCAUCACCAUCUACAAGAAGCCCAUCAGUGCCAUCCCGGCUCGGUCCCUGGAGCUCCUGUUUGCAAACAGCCAGAACAACAAGCUGCUGUACGGGGAGCCCCCCAAGUCCCCUAGAGCCAACCGCAAGUUCUCGUCGCCCCCCCCACUGUCCAUCACCAAGACCUCGUCCCCCAGCCGCCGCAGGAAGCUGUCCCUCAACAUCCCCAUCAUCACGGGGGGGAAGGCGCUGGACCUGGCGGCGCUGAGCUGCUCCUCCAACGGCUACGCCAGCAUGUACUCCUCCAUGGCCCCCUUCAGCAAGACCACCCUGGACAUCAACAAACUCUACGUGUCCAGUAGCUAUCCCAAUAAAAUCCCGGAUGAAGGAGAAGUGGCCUCGGAAAAGCAAGAGGAGUCACUGCCGGGCAAGCAAAGCUCAGAGGUGUCUGUCAGGGAAGAGUCAGACACAGAUCCCAAUCACAGUGAUGAAGCUGAAGCUGAAACUUCCCCAACAAAAUCUCCGACAACUCCCAAGUCCAUCAAGUGCAAAAAUUCAUCAGAUUUCUCGCUGUUUUCCUACAACAACGGUGUGGUCAUGACGUCCUGCCGGGACCUGGACAGCACCCGCAGCGCCCUGUCUGCCACCUCCGCCUUCGCCAUCGCCACGGCGGGGGCCAACGAGGGGACCCCCACCAAGGAGAAGUACCGCAGGAUGUCCCUGGCCAGUGCAGUUUCAGGCUUCCCCACGGACCAGCGGAACGGGGACAAGGAGUUUGUGAUCCGGAGAGCGGCCACCAACCGUGUCCUCAACGUGCUGCGGCACUGGGUCUCCAAACACUCGCAGGACUUCGAGACCAACGAGGAGCUGAAGUUCCGGGUGAUUGGCUUCCUGGAGGAGGUCAUCCAUGACCCUGAGCUCCUGACCCAAGAGAGGAAAGCAGCUGCCAACAUCAUAAGGACCUUGACACAGGAGGAUCCAGGAGACAACCAGAUAACCCUGGAGGAGGUUGUGCAUAUGGCUGAGGGGGUCAAAGCAGAACCAUUUGAGAACCACUCGGCCCUGGAAAUUGCGGAACAGCUGACACUGCUGGAUCACCUGAUCUUCAAGAAGAUCCCUUACGAAGAGUUCUUCGGGCAAGGCUGGAUGAAGCUGGAGAAGAAUGAGAGGACUCCGUACAUCAUGAAGAACACCAAACACUUCAAUGAUGUCAGUAACCUGAUCGCGUCGGAGAUCAUCCGGAACGAGGAGAUCAACGCGCGGGUCAGCGCCAUCGAGAAGUGGGUGGCGGUGGCCGACAUCUGCCGCUGCCUGCACAACUACAACGCCGUGCUGGAGGUCACCUCCUCCCUCAACCGCAGUGCCAUCUUCCGCCUCAAGAAAACCUGGCUCAAGGUCUCCAAGCAGACGAAGGCUCUGAUCGAUAAGCUCCAGAAGCUGGUGUCGUCGGAGGGCAGGUUCAAGAACCUGAGGGAGGCCCUGAAAAAUUGUGACCCUCCGUGUGUCCCUUACCUGGGCAUGUACCUGACUGACCUGGCGUUCAUUGAGGAGGGGACCCCGAACUACACCGAGGACGGGCUGGUGAACUUCUCCAAAAUGAGGAUGAUCUCACACAUCAUAAGGGAGAUCCGCCAGUUCCAGCAAACCUCCUACAAGAUCGAGCACCAGCCCAAGGUGACGCAGUACCUGCUGGACCAGUCGUUUGUGAUGGACGAGGAAACCCUUUAUGAAGCUUCUCUGCGAAUAGAGCCCAAACUGCCUUCCUGAGCGCGGGGGCCGCUCGUGUACACUCGCUAUACCAUACUGUACAUACCCGUUGUUCCGUUGGACGCCCUGGAGUGACUCCCAAAUCUGUGCUUCUCCGAGCAAUCCGCCCCCAUCCCAGGCCGCACUAGACCUCGCGUAGGAUUUCCCACACUGGUUAAGGUUUCACGCAUUGACACUUCGCUGGAGUCCCGGGUUCUUUUCGAUGAUGUUAUUUUUGUCAUUUGUUCCUCCUGAGGGGGCUGGCGGUUGGGCAGGUGAGCCCUGUGUCCCUGUGGGGCAGGUGAGUCCCUGCAUUCCCACAGGGCUCUGGGGCAGCACGGACCACCUCUCGCUUGGAUGGCGCCAGCAGUGACAUCCCACAGCAAACUCUGUAAGGCGGGAGAAGGGAACACAUUAAAGGUUGUCCGUCGGUGUGAGCUGCCCUCUCUGUGUGUGCCGCCCCCGCGCUGGCUGGGCAUGGGGGGCCCCGGCUGCUGUCCCGGUCCCUCCGAAGUCAGGAAGAUGGAAGCGUCCCCUUGCCUCUCCUCGCUGCAUCCAGCUCCUGUUGAUAUGCUGUAGAUCCGUACCCUUGUGCCCACUCUGAGUACCAUGACGUAGAGUUAGAGAUGACGAGUGUUUUUAUUACAUCUACUGUAAUCCUGGCUAACCACCCGCUAGCAGGAUAUAGUAAUGUAGUGCUUAUUCUGUGAAUAGUACCUGGGUUUUUUACAUUGUACAGUCCCUGACACGGUUCCCCGGCAGUGGCAGGCAUGCUCCACUCACACAACACUUGCUGUAAGCAAUACCUCGUGGUAUGGGAAUUCUCUUUCAAGCCCUAAAACUAUUUCAACUUACAGCUUGUUUGGGAAAAAAAAAAUAUUUCCAUUUUUUUUGUAAAAAUAUAUGUUUCCUGAUUACCUCUUGCUAAUAAAUCUAUUCUAUCUCAGGGUGAA